ACAAAAACAAAAAACAUUCAAAUAUUGAAACGAAAAAAUGUUUUCCGCUGGCUUAUUUCUACGCUCAAAAGCCUUCAACCUAAAUUUCGCACGUUACUCAGAGUCAAAGAGCAACUUGCCAAAUCUUAUCUUGUUGGGCGGUGGCCUAGGAAAGAUGCAAGGUGGCAUUAAAGAAGAGGAAUAUUUUAGCUCUGUCAAUCAUGGGCUAAUGUCCAACAUACAAAAGCAUAUUGAAACCUCAAAGAACGCUGACUCUUUGCGUAAAUGGGAGGAAUACCAAAGAACAUUAGAUCACGCAACCCUCUCUGACACCACUUGUACCAACAAAAACAAGGACAUACAUGAAGAAGCCUUUUUUCUGAAUGAGAGCACCGAGUGCUUCAAGGCUAUGAAUAAUCGUGGCAAGAUCCCGGGUAAUACUGAAGAGGAGGAUUCAUAGGCUGCGA